AGUAUAAUCAAUAAACAAAACAAAAUGACAAUAAAUUUAGUUAAUGGUCCUAACCUAACCUCAAACCACCUAAUAACUCAGAAAGUAAAGCGUCAUUUGUCCUCGCGUUAUAAUGAUCUAAUGUACUGUCCCGCAAAAUGUUCCUGAAACUACUAAAGUGAACGUGCAAGUCGAAAUAAUUGCUAAAUACACUUAUGAAUAUUUAACAUAUUGCGAUAAAACACGCGAAUAACGGUAUAAAUUUAUCCGAACAAUUUAUCCAGAUUAUUAAAAGCUUGGACGUCGAAGGUAACUGUUCUCUCGAACGUGGCUUGGUUCAUUCAACGAUCGUGGUUUUUCUCAGAAAAACAUUUGCAACUCUUAUGUAUUCAAACACGUGCUACAAGAUGUUGUAUCUAUCGUUAAUUUUAAUGAUGGUAAGCGUGACAAUGGCGCAGGUGCCAUUUUUAGGCGUGUGCCCCAACGUGGAAACGAUGCCAAACUUCGACGUAAACAAAUAUGCGGGAAAAUGGUACGAGGUCGAAAGGUAUUUCGCUGUGUUUGAAUUUGGCGGGAAAUGCGUGACUGCUACUUACACUAUGAACGAUAAUGGUACCAUAGGUAUUUUGAACAAACAAAUUUCUGCGAUAACCGGUGUUUCUUCGAGUAUAGAAGGAACUGCAAAACCGAUUGGCAAAAGUGACGAUCCUAAAUUAGUGGUUACGUUUCCGUCCAUACCUCUUCCAUUGGAUGCACCUUAUUGGGUACUGGACACCGACUAUGAAACUUAUUCGGUAGUAUGGAGUUGUACAAACUUUGGUGUAUUCAGCGUACGAAAUGCGUGGAUUCUAACGAGAGAACCAAAACCACCAGUUCCCGUCCUCGAAAAAGCUUAUCAAGUAUUAGACAAGAAUAAUAUAAGUAGAGCAUACUUUAUUCGUACCGAUCAAAAGAAUUGCCCAAAAGGAAACUAAUAGAACUUGCAUCGUACGAGCUAUCAAGAUGAUACCUCCUGUUUAAACAAACAGAUUAUUGUUGUAAAACAAGUAACGAUGUUUUAAAAGAUUGUAAAUUGUAAUGAACGUGCUCAAUUUACAUAACGAAUAUUUAAUCGUGUUUUUCCAGUUUGUGUGUACAUUAAUGUGACAGUUUGCUUUACCGUCCAUCGAUAAAGUUGACUAAGUAGAGUUUAAUUUAUGGGCAAUUUUCUUAAUUAUAUUUCGUUCGUUAAGCUAUAGUUAAUAUACAGCUUUCGUGAAAUAACUUUUUAUUUAUAUGCAAAGAUCGGUUGAAUGUUAAAUUUGUGAAAUUAUGUGGUUAUUGUUGCACUUUGAGGUGUAUUGUUGUAUUUAUUGAGUGGUAUUUAUUUAUUUAUUUAUUAGACAAAUUAUAACAAACUGAGGAAGGAAAUGUGUGAUAAUAAAUAGUUAUUUAUUGAGGCAUAUGUAAAAUAUGAGCUUAAUAUUGUGUUAAUAAAAUAUA